AUGUCGUCGGGCUCCGCGAAAGUGAAGGUCGCCAUUCUGGACGACUACGCCGGCAUCGCGCCAGAGCAUUUCCGUGACCUGUCAUCUCGGCUCGAGGUGCAGUCGUUCCCGGAAACGCUCAACGCGGGCGUGGCGGCCGAGCACGAGGCGCUCGUUCAGCGCCUGCGACCCUUCACCGUCGUCUCGUCGAUGCGCGAACGCACGCGGUUCCCGCGGAGCGUCCUGGCGGCGCUCCCCAACCUCAAGCUCCUCCUGACGACGGGCGGCCGGAACGCGGCGAUCGACAUGGCGGCGUGCGCGGAGCUCGGCAUCACGGUCGUCGGGACGGGCGCAAAGCCGACGGCGGUCAAGGGCUACGACGCCACCAACGAGAUGACGUGGGCGCUGAUCCUCGGCGCGGCCAAGGACGUGGUCGGCGGCGACGCGGUCGUCAAGUCGAGUCCGACGGCGUGGCAGACGACACUCGUCGCCGGGCUGGCGGGCAAGACGCUCGGCCUGCUCGGCCUGGGCAAGCUGGGCACCCAGGCCGCCGCGACGGGGGCGCUGGGGUUCGGCAUGAAGGUGCUCGCGUGGAGCAGCAGCCUCACGCAGGACAAGGCCGACGACGCCGCCCGCUCCCGCGGCCUCCCCGCGGGGGCGUUCGAGGUGGCCGCGUCGAAGCAGGACCUCUUCGAGCGCGCCGACGUGCUGAGCGUGCACUACGUCCUGAGCGACCGGUCCAGGGGCAUCGUGGGCGCCGACGAGCUGGGCCGCAUGAAGAAGACGGCGGUGUUGGUCAACACGUCCCGGGGCCCGCUGGUCGACGAGGCCGCCCUGGUCGACGCCCUGGAGGGGGGGCUCAUCCGAGCCGCCGGCCUGGACGUCUUUGACACGGAGCCCCUCCCCCGGGACAGCCCCUGGAGGAGGAGCGGCUACUGGGGCACCGACGGCCGGAGUAGGCUGUUGAUCAGUCCGCACAUGGGAUACGUCGAGGAGGAGACCAUGCACGGGUGGUACGAGCAGCAGAAAGAAGCCUUGAAGUCGUGGUUGGAAGGAGGUGAGAUCAAGGGUAUUAUUCACUGA